AUGGGGGCGAGGAUCUUGGCCCUGGUGGAGAGCGCCGUCGCCCUGAAAGAAGACUUGAAAGCCGAACUGGGUGAGCAGCAGCGCCUGAUUUUCCAGGGCUCAGUUACUGGGAAGAACUUUUUAAUCCUUUUCCACAGCGGCAUUGCUCCAGUGAGGGGGUUUCAGGAUCGACUUAUUAUUUUUAAUUAUUUUUUUUUUAAGGAGGUGGAUUGCUUCACCUUCCUCUAUCGGAGUUAGGAGAUCCGUUUUCUCUUCAGUUGACUGUGCCUCAAUCACAGAUACGUAAAGGCGUAGUUGGCUAGUGAGGCAAAUGCACUCUGCACAUGGGCAGAUGAGCUGUUGGACAUUAUGAUUAAAUGAAAACGGGGUUGGGGCUGAGCCCCUUUUUGGCUAUGUACCUACAUUUUUACUGUUGCAGUUGUCAUUAAAAACUAUUUAAAAUGCAACGCUAAACACUUACCAUUCCAAAAAAACCCUCGGGUGCGAAAGGCCAGGGUAAGAGGGGGCAUGUCUUGGCUAUGGUUCCUGCCGCUAAAGUGAUGGGAUCUUUUAAAGAUUAUGAGUUAAAUAUUAGAGUUUGGUGCAUGGGUGUGUUGUUUUUGUUAGUCUGUUUGGUUCUGAACAUUUGUUCUCGGGCUCUGAAAUCCUCCUUUUAAAUCUCGCCACCAAAAAGAGAGAAAGCCAGCAGAGCAGCUGUCUCCAACUUUUCAUUGGGGUGUGUCCAGUCUGCUAAGGACUUGGAGCUCACCUUGAUAGAUGCUCUUCCUAGCCCAGGAGGAUAGGCCCAGUGGAAACCCCAGUUCUUCAAACUCACUCCGUAAGGCCAGUUGCCUUAGUUUCCUAUUCUGUGACUUACCCAUCAGGAUUUCCAGAUAAGGGAGGAAGUGGAGAAAGGCCCAUUUAAUAAAAAAAGAAAGCUUGCUAAGAGGAGAGUGUUACCUCGAGUAGACCAAUGCCUUUAAGGUCAGCAAAGCAGGAACUGGGACAGGUGUGAGCCACUGAGCUGAAAUCCACUAGGACAGAGGUUUUUAACCUUGAGCCCAUGGCUCUCUUGACCAACUACAUUCUUUCUGUGGCACCCCUGUGGGGCUCUGAAGUCCAGUUAUGUCACCCCUUUCCUGUAGAGCUGGCAGCCUCUCACCAUUUUUCAGACACCCUCCUUUGUGGAGGGUUCCCUCAGCCUCCUCUCCCCUCUCCUUGGUAGUCUUCUGGGCAGCCACAGCUGCCACCCCUGGUCUCUGAGCUGCCCCCGUGCCCCAAACAGAGGUGCCACCUCACACUGCCCCAGAGGGGCCUGAGAAGCACCAGGGGCACCAUUCACCUGGGUAACUUGUAGCCAGGGCUACUGCAACAAACAGCUGUGCAAGCUUUUAGGAGGCAGGGACGCAAGAAGGCAUGGGGGGGGGAGGGAAGGAAAGAGGGACAGAGGCCAGUGUUGCCUGUGGCAUCCCUAUCAGUCAUGGCACUCCAGGGUGCCACGUUGAAAACCAUGGCACUAGGAUGUUCUCCUCCACAAGCUCCUUUGUCAUGAAUAGGAAGUGGUCAAAAGUACUGCUGUUUACACAGUUGGAUUUUGGUAGGCCUUGAGCAGGAGAACUUAAUUGUGGUGAAUUGUUAUAUGCUGAUAUGUGGGAUGGAGUCACUCUUGUACUCCGAACUUUGAGGAGCAAAAUCUCACGGGAGGAACCCUUCAAAUCAGUGAUUUGACUGAGUCCUAACAACAAAUAAUCUGGGACGGAAAAUAUGGAAAGGCAGGGAUUUAGAGGAGAACAUCAUGUGGACAAGAGAGAAUUAACAGUGGUUUGUAAAGCUUACUCUCCACAUUAAACGACAGUAGGGAUAAGCACCGAAUCAAAUGUGUAGUAGCCAUGGUCAGCCCUACUAUUAGGCAAAGGGGGGCAGUAACGACAGAGGGGGUGCUGGUAAUGGUAAUCUCUCCAGCUGUUGCUCCUGAGCUCCCCCAGUCAUUCUCAUCUGCCAGGAGGACAAAAGGUAUGUAUUAAUAUGCCCCAAGGCCAGCCUGAAAGGUGCUGUCCAAACACUAAUGUUGAAAUGAGAAUCAUCUGUAGGGGACGCAUAAAGUAUUGGGCUGGGCCCACGCAUGCCAUGACUGCUUUCUCUCUCUCCCCAAAAUAGGGCAUGUGUUUGCGUACCAAGAACAUCAAGACAGCUCUCAAGAAGUCCCUGAUGAAGGAGUACAGCAAAGUCAUCUACAACCGGUGCUGUCACCACUGUCACCGUCAAUUUCACCACUGCCACCGCCGCUGUCACCGCUGUCACCACAGCAGCCACUGCAGGCAGCUUCUCCUUCAAAGGCAGCCUCUGGGAUGCAUCUGGGCAGCGGCAGGGAGCUCGGUAAGAAUUCUCUGCUGGCAAAUGUGGAUUUGGCUGACCUAGAAGCCAAAUAGCUUGACGGGUUCUGUGCUUUUCUCCACUGGUAGCCAAGGGUGCAGACACGCUACAGAUCUAAAGCACAUCCUGCCCACCAGCCCAAGAAUCCUGGGAACUGUAGUUUACCCCUCACAGGGCAACAGUUCCCAGCACUCUUAACAAAUGACAGCUCCCAGUAGCCUUAGGUAAAGGUAAAGGGACCCCUGACCAUUAGGUCCAGUCGUGACCGACUCUGGGGUUGCGGCGCUCAUCUCACUUUACUGGCCGAGGGAGCCGGCAUACAGCUUCCAGGUCAUGUAGCCAGCAUGACUAAGCCGCUUCUGGCAAACCAGAGCAGCGCACGGAAACGCCGUUUACCUUCCCGCUGGAGUGGUACCUAUUUAUCUACUUGCACUUUGACAUGCUUUCGAAUUGCUAGGUUGGCAGGAGCAGGGACCGAGCAACGGGAGCUCACCCCGUCGCGGGGAUUCGAACCGCCCACCUUCUGAUCGGCAAGUCCUAGGCUCUGUGGUUUAACCCACAGCACCACCCGUGUCCCAUUCAACCUAAUAGGGUAGGAUAAAAUGGGGUUGGGUGGAGAAUCAUGCCAGUGCUCAAGGCAGCUUUGGAGGAAUGGUGGCAUAUACAGUGGUGCCCCGCAAGACGAAUGCCUCGCAAGACGGAAAACCCGCUAGACGAAAGGGUUUUCCGUUUUUUAGUUGCUUUGCAGGACGAAUUUCCCUAUGGGCUUGCUUCACAAGACGAAAAUGUCUUGCGAGUCUUGAGAUUUUUUUUCGCUCCCCCCCCCUUUUCUAAGCCGCUAAGCCGCUAAUAGCCUUUUAACCGCUAAGCCGCUAAGCCUUUAAUAGCCACUAAACCGCUAAUAGCGCUAAUCCGCUAAGCCGCUAAUAGGGUUGCUUCGCAAGACGAAAAAACCGCUAGACGAAGACACUCGCGGAACAGAUUAAUUUCGUCUUGCAAGGCACCACUGUAAAUGAGUUGUUUCUUCUACACAGAUGCCAUCCUGAAGAACCAAGAAGCUCUCUGCAAGGUCUUGAUGAACCAGGAUGCACUGAGAAAUCUUAUGGACAGGCUCCAGAAGACCUUGUCCACCGUAGAAGAGAGGCUCCAAGCCAUUGAGCAAGAGAUGAGCAUCAUUUCUCAGUUCACCCAAGAACUCAACCAAGUGGGGAAUGAAGCUAACUGGACCUGAACGGUCUUAUCCAUGUAGCCCAAUGACUAACCUGGUUGCCAUCCAAAGCACCUGACUUGCACCUGACUCUCCUAUUUUGAAGUUUCAGCUCUACCACAAUUCUUCCAGCACAUACAGAGAGAAUUUGUUUUACGAUACAAAAGCAAAAGAUUCUCAGUACUCAGGAUCUGAUCUUUACAGACAAAAAAACAACCACACUGCUGCAGUUAGAAACGAUUUCAAUCUUGCUUGUGUGUAUCUCUCUUCCCUAGGAUGAAGAUGUGAUUUAUCUUAAAACAUGAUCUGCCUCGUUCUAGCCUUAUUAAAAACCCCAGCUUGAUCAAAGAGCCUCAUGGUUCUCUGAAGAAGCCUCUUGAUGCCGCGUCAUCAAGCCUGGAAUGUGCCCAACGGAUAAAACUCAAGCCUUCCACCAGAAAUAGAAAUGUAAACAGCUUCCUUUUCUCGAGGUGCCUGCUUCUCUGCUUUUGCCCAUCUUCAUCCUAAAUGCCACAUGGAAAACCUCUUGGUGAGGGUGUGCUCGCCUUCAAAACUCAAGGGUCAAGUAAGAAAUGUGAGCCAAAUGUGAGAUUUGUAGCUAUUAGCUUCUUCUAUUCUCAGCUUGGUUUCCACUUCAACCAUGAUAGAUAUAGGCAAGGAAGCCAAUGUUUUUGGACAUGUUUUUGAGCAUUGCAGCACAUUGAACUCUUGUGUGCAUCAAAUCCCACUAGGGGGUUUUAAUGUCAUAAUAAUCUGAGUGGGUUUUUAAUUCACAAUACUCCCGAUGGUUAGCUCACAGAUUUUGGGGUAGCACUGUUGCACUUUCCGUAAGCUUACAGUAUGAGAUAGCAAAUGUGCUCUCAUGCAAGGGGCGAUUCCCCCCCCCCCCCAAUUUUACUAAAACUAUUGUUCGAGUGCUUUGGAAUAAUCAAUGCAAUACAGAGACCUAUCACUGUGUCCGAUGCCAGCCUGCUGAUAAUAGUGGCCGUAUCCCCGGUCAUUUACACUGCAAGUGCCGAUUGGACAAACCGGUCUUUAGAAAGCUUCAUGUUGAGUAUGGUUCUUUGAGUGGCCUAAAUAGUGCUGUUAAGCUGGGCCACAAAUCAGAAAAGUAAAUUUGGCUUGCAAGAAAGAGGGGGUGCUCCUCCCCAGGUCUUUCCUGCCUGUCCCCUCCUGGAAUGAAUGGGAGGCUGAUUACAGAUCCCUCCUUGCACUAAUCAAAUUAGCUUCAGUUGAUCUUGCAGAGGAACUAUUUGUUGUCAUUGUUCCUAGGGGUUUAUUAAGCAUAGUUAAACUUCAUAGUGUGUGAUUGGUACUAUAGCCAAGCCCUCCCUCUCCUAUGCCAGCCUGAAUAUUUUUGGAGCACCCACCUGUGUGGAAAAGGAUCAACAGAUUUGUCUAUACUGAUCUUGAAUGUAUUCAUUUGCUCUCAAGCCCCCUCCAGCUCUUCAUCUUCUGUGGUGAUGGUUUGUACUUGUAUACCUUUGUG